GGGGCCAUCUCAAAGUUGCCCACCUAUUAAACCCAAUCUUUGUAGUCCUCGUUACUUUCCACUGCUCGGUUCCGACAAGAGUGACGGUGCCGUUCCUUGUCCCCGGGGGUAAAACAACAACAAAAAAAACCCUGCUCUAGCUUCAAGCCCUGGAGGCGCCCUGCCUACUGCAGCCUCCAGGAGGCGGGCACAGCAGCUGGGAGAGGUCUGCAGCCCGCCAAUGGCUGGGGCCCAGCAGAGGAACAGGACGAUCCUUUAAUCCUCACGUCACAUCACGGUGCUGGCCCCGCCCCUUUACCAGCAGUCCCGCAGUGGACCGGUCCUCCUGGCGUACAUCUAACAGGCCCAUCCCCUGACAGCUUGGUCAUUAACUCCUCAAUUUGCUGAACUCCCUGGAUGGCAUAGACAAGGUAGAGGUCUGCCACAAUGCUGCUGCUGCUGCACAGAGCUGGGGUCCUGGGCCUCAGACAGGCCUGCAGACUCAAGUGUACCCACUCGAGGCUCUGCAUUCAGGCCUGCUCUACAAAUGAUUCAUUUCAGCCCCAGUGCCCCAGACUUGCCUUCUCUAGAGAUAACUCUAGGACCAGGGGAUGGAGAGUCAUGGGGACCCUGCUAGGCCUCGGGGCAGCGUUGGCCUAUCAUGACCACCGUUGCAGGGCUGCUCAGGACUCAACACGCAUAUACACAAGGGAGGAAGUAAAAUCCCACAGCAGCCCUGAAACUAGGAUCUGGGUGACUUUGGGAUCUGAGGUUUUUGAUGUCACAGAUUUUGUGGACCUACACCCUGGGGGGCCAUCAAAGCUGAUGCUGGCAGCCGGGGGUCCUCUAGAGCCCUUCUGGGCCCUCUAUGCCGUUCACAACCAGUCCCACGUACGUGAGAUACUAGCUCAGUACAAGAUUGGGGAGCUGAGCCCUGAAGACAAGGCGCCAUCCACCUUGAAGACCUCUGACCCUUACGCUGACGAUCCUAUACGUCACCCAGCUCUGAAGGUCAACAGCCAGCGUCCCUUUAAUGCAGAGCCCCCCCCUGAACUGCUAACGGAAAACUAUAUCACACCCAACCCUAUCUUCUUCACCCGAAACCAUCUGCCUGUACCUAACCUGGACCCAGACACCUAUCGCCUGCAUAUUAUAGGACCACCUGGGGGUCAGUCACUGUCCCUAUCCCUGGAUGACUUGCACCGGUUCCCCAAGCACGAGAUCACAGCCACUGUACAGUGUGCUGGCAACCGGCGCUCUGAGAUGAGUCAGGUAAAAGAAGUAAGAGGUCUGGAAUGGAGUACAGGGGCCAUUAGUACUGCACGCUGGGCCGGGGCACGACUAUGCGAUGUGUUAGCCAAGGCUGGUCACCAACUCCGUGAUACCGAGGCCCAUGUUUGCUUUGAGGGACUGGACUCAGACCCCACAGGAACUGCUUAUGGGGCAUCGAUCCCUCUGGCUCGGGCCAUGGACCCUGAAGCUGAGGUCCUGUUAGCAUAUGAAAUGAAUGGGCAGCCUCUGCCUCGUGACCAUGGCUUUCCUGUGCGGGUGGUGGUUCCUGGUGUGGUGGGUGCCCGCCACGUCAAAUGGCUGGGCAAAGUGAGUGUGGAACCAGAGGAAAGUUACAGCCACUGGCAGCGGCGAGAUUACAAAGGCUUCUCUCCAUCUGUGGACUGGGACUCUGUAGAUUUUGACUCAGCUCCAUCUAUUCAGGAACUUCCUGUCCAGUCAGCCAUCACAGAACCCAAGGAUGGGGAGAUCAUAGAGUCAGGAGAGGUGACUGUCAAAGGCUAUGCAUGGAGUGGUGGUGGAAGGGCUGUGGUCAGGGUAGAUGUGUCUCUGGAUGGGGGCCUAACCUGGCAGGUGGCUGAGCUGGAUGGGGAGAAACAGUACCCCCGAAAGGCCUGGGCCUGGCGGCUAUGGCAACUUCAAGCCACUGUGCCACCUGGGAAAAAGGAAUUGAACAUUACUUGUAAGGCUGUUGAUGACAGCUACAAUGUGCAGCCAGACACCGUGGCCCCAAUCUGGAACCUGCGAGGCGUGCUCAGUAAUGCCUGGCACCGUGUCCAUGUCCGUGUCGCCCCAUGAGAAGGUGAAAUGGAACCAUCUACUACCCAGAGCCACCUUCUCAAUGCCUUUCCACACCCAUCCUUUAGCGUCAUUUCCACAGCAAAGCCUUUCCCACCAUCUCUCCACUCCUUGGAUCAGAAUCUUGUACUAUGCUUUCCUCAGCCACACAUAGGUACACAGGCAAAACCCUCUUUUGUUACUGCUUCAUGUUUCUGGCCACUGACCCUGUGCCAGGAGGUGAGAGUCAUCAGAGAAAGGGGCUAGAAGUGGGAAAAGUAUUUCCGGAAACAAGCAUUAUUUUCUCUUCCUCCUGCACCUCCACUUCUAACGUUUAUCACCACUGAAGCCUUGUAUUUUGCUUUUCUUCUUGGAUUCUUCAGAGAAUGUGGAUAUAUGUAAGCUUAAAAAGUAGCUAUGUGACUUUCUAUUGUCUCUCUGGGUUGCCAGGGGUAUGAGUAGUGCAACCCUCUCCCUUUAUUAUUACACUUUUAUAAAUAUUUCAAUAAAACAUCUGUUUAAGACUACAACACUAAAAAAA